GUUGUGGUCCGCGGCGGCGGCGGAGCGGCGCGGAGGGAGCGCGGCCCCGCGCGGCCCCGCACGGCCCGGCGCGGGCGGCAGAACCUCCCUCCAGCACUGCCUUUCAGGAUGAUGGGCCCAGGAGCACCGGCGGGGACUCUCCGGCCACGUGGCUGCUGACCCAAGGGUGCUGCCGGGCACCGCUGCCAAUGCAGAGCUCCGGGAGCGCAGGGCAGAGCUCACCCAUGGCAGCCCCUUCCCGCCGCGCCCCGGCCCGGCUGCACGGUGUGGGUGCCCCUGAGCCCCACGAGCAGUGACUGCCGGGCCCCGCUGUGUGCUCCCAGCACCACCACCAUGUCUUUGGAGUGGCUGAUGGACUGGAGCUGGUCCCUGGACGGACUCCGGGAUUUCAUUGCCACGGGCAUCCAGUCUUUCCGCGACUGCGACGCCACGGCCCUGGUGGCCGUCGCCUGCCUGCUGGUCCUGUUCGUGUGGUACUGCUACCACGUGGGGCGGGAGCAGCCCCGCGCCUACGCCACGGUGAACGCGCUGAUGCAGAGCGCCGAGGCCAACGGGGUGCAGAACGGGUUCGUGUACUGCCAGUCGCCCGAGUGCGUGCGCUGCUCGCACCACGACGGCCUCAACCAGAAACUCUACCACAACCUGCAGGAGUACGCCAAGCGCUACUCCUGGUCCGGCAUGGGCAGGAUCCACAAGGGCAUCCGCGAGCAGGGCCGCUACCUCAACAGCCGGCCCUCCAUCCAGAAGCCAGAAGUCUUCUUCCUGCCCGACUUGCCCACCACGCCCUACUUCUCCCGGGACGCUCAAAAGCACGACGUGGAGUUGCUGGAGCGCAACUUCCAGACCAUCCUGUGCGAGUUUGAGACCCUGUACAAGGCGUUCUCAAACUGCAGCCUGCCGCAAGGAUGGAAAAUGAACAGCACGCCCAGCGGGGAGUGGUUCACCUUCUACCUGGUGAACCAGGGCAUGUGCGUGCCCAGGAACUGCCGGAGAUGCCCACGGACGUACCGCUUGCUCGGGAGCCUCCGUACCUGCAUUGGCAACAAUGUCUUUGGGAACGCCUGCAUCUCUGUGCUGAGCCCGGGCACCGUCAUCGCCGAGCACUACGGGCCCACCAACAUCCGCAUCCGCUGCCACCUCGGUCUGAAGACGCCCAGCAACUGCGAACUGGUAGUGGGGGGCGAGCCCCAGUGCUGGGCUGAGGGCAGGUGCCUGCUCUUCGACGACUCCUUCCUGCACACGGCGUUCCACGAAGGUGCCCCGGAGGAAGGUCCCCGCGUGGUGUUCAUGGUGGACCUGUGGCACCCCAACGUGGCCGCGGCCGAGCGCCAAGCCCUCGACUUCAUCUUUGCGCCGGGACGAUGACGGCGCUGCCCGGCCUGGUGGGUUCAGGGCAGCUCGGCCGGGGCCUCUCCCAGCGCACGGCCUCGGUGCUCCCUCCCGGGGGUCUUGUAAAUGGAAACUGUGAUGUGUAUCCGCGCCCAUCUCCUUCCUCCAUCGUUGGCUUCAGGGAUUCUUUUCCAAGCACCGGCGCCUCGGCCCUGCUGGGGCUCGCUGCCCCGCUGCUCCUUCGUGUUCUGUUGCUACUGUGUUUUGCGGUGUUCAGAAGUAGAGUAACAAACCCAAGGGUGCUCCUUUGAAUGUAAUGUAAAAUUUUUCUCAUGGUCAUCAAAGGAACAACACACACACACCAUAACAGCCAACCAGCCUGCCCUGCCCGGCUGCGGUCCCGGGUGGAUGGACAGAUGGACACUGGGGGCUGCCAUGGGCACUGUGCUCCCCCCAGGCUGGGUCUGAUGGGCUGGGCAGGGCACAGCUCUGCCCACAAAGAACCCUCCUGGGGCUCCUGCUUCCUCCUCCAUGUGCCAGCUGGGGCUCCCCAGCUCUCCUGCCCUCAGAAACCCCUUUUUGUCACCCAGGCAGAGAGCAGAGUCCAUCGCCAGCCCAGCAAGGCAGGAGCGCUGACCUCCACCCUUACUGAGGGAACAGCACACACAGUCGUGCUCUUCAGUCUGACCAAGGGCAUUAGCAAUUGCCCAAAUCCCUUCCUUGCUCUAUCUGCAACCCUCAGUUCUCCCAGCUCCCACCUGGGAGGCCCUGCAGGGGCAGGGAUGCUGUUUGGAAACAGAGAAUGGGGGUUUUGUCUGUCUGUAGGAAGAAAGGAGGUCACCAUUCCUUCUGCUGCUCCAUCUUCUCCUUUCCUCGAGCCAGGGCAGGCACACACAGUGGCAGCUCCAUGGACCUGACACCACAGACAGGUUCCCAAGGGGGGUUAACUCUGCAGCCUGAGCAAUGAGGCCCCACCCUGAGGUCCUGCCCACCCAGGGACCACCACGCUUUUCCUGAAGUCCCCGAGCACCAGGGUCUGUUUGAGUUCUGGGGGCUGGUUUAUAACACCCCCCCCCAAAGCACAGUGUGUGGUGGAUGCUCACAGCUCUGGCUGAGGACCCUUUGCCUCUGUGCCCUGCCCGGGAGGGACCAGCCCUGUCCCCCAACAACUUCUGUACAGACUUUUCAGUGAGUCGAUUGCAAGAGAAGGCAGAGAUUUCAAAUACAUCUGAGAUAUUUUUUACACCCGUCUUGUUACAGACUACCUGAAGUGCAUGAUUUCUACACGCAUUGGCUACCUGGACACAGGCCCUGGGGAAGCAGGCUGGCUCUGUCCGAAGGUUGGUAACAUUCAUACAGUGGAUAAGCAAAGAUUAUCAAUAAACAGUUGUGCUGAAAACAGAACGGGCUUUG